UGUGACUGCAUUCGCGGUGAAUGCUGAUUCGGCAUCACUGACGUCAACAAUUAUUCGCGAUUUAAGUUUAUUUUGAUGUAAAUAAGAAUAACUUGGCUCAAAUAUGUUUACUCUGUGGACACUGAUCGAAUCCUCCCUUCUCUGCCUGAAUGCAGUGUGUAUUCUGCACGAGGAGCGUUUCCUGGCCAAGUUUGGCUGGGGACGACAGGCUGGCCAACAAGACUUUGGAGCACCCACGGCCAAGGACCAGGUGCUAAAUCUCAUCCGUUCUAUACGCACAGUGGCCAAAAUUCCCCUAAUAUUCCUUAAUGUAAUUGCGAUUAUAUUUAAACUAUUACUUGGUUGACAUUAAAUAUACCAUAAUAAAUGUA